AUGGCUUCAAAUUUUCACUUUCGUCUUUCAGAAGACCUUUCCUUAAUAUUAGAUGAUGCAGAUGAUUACAAUGUCAUUAUUCAAGUUGGUGAAAACCAAAAUACAAAGGAAUUUCGUGCACAUUCUGUUAUUUUACGUGCUCGUUCUCCUUAUUUUAAAGUUGCUCUUUCUACUAAUUGGAUUACAAAAAAGGAUAAUAUGAUUAUGUUUAACAAACCAAAUAUUACUCCAACUGUUUUUCAUAUGAUUUUGAAAUAUAUUUAUACUGGUGAACUUGAUUUAACUAAACAAUCAGGUGAAAAUAUUCUUGGUUUGCUAGUUGCAUCUGAUGAAUUACUUCUUGAAGAAUUAUUUAAACAUGUUCGAGAUUAUUUAAUCGAAAAACAAACCAAAUGGAUAAUGUUUGUUUAUGGUUACAAAAAACUCUGUACAAUUAAAUGUCGUGAUGUGGACGCUAAACAAUUAUAA